AUGGAGAAAUCAAACCCCUUACUUCCAUUCGCAUUUAGUACCAGUUCCUUUGAUGAGAAGAAUGCACUAAGCACCGACCCCCGUGAGAAGCAUGUUAUUGACGAGAAUGCUAGCUCCAGAUAUCACACGAGAGGUCAAAACAGCCAAAACAGACCAAUUCGUAAGGAAGCGCCAUUUGCUAUGCCCAGCUUGAAGAGGAAGAUGGGUGCAAGCUUUAGUGAAAAGGAUGACAUCAAGAGAAGAGAUUACUUCUUCAACGGACCGUCGAGUGAGGAUGAUACUAUUGACACCGAACCGGACUCGAGAGAUGACCCACACACGUUCCUGACUCAGGCCUCGGCCAAAGAGCUUCCCAGUAGCCCUCCUGUACAACCGCAGAUGUCUGAGUUCGACAUAUCAACCACGACAGAUACGGUUCCUGACAGUCCAAGGAAAGAAAGCCAUGGGAUUCACAGCUUAAACACAUCGCCAGUGAGGAAUGCAAAACCUUUCAUACGAAGUUCCGAGCCAGACUUUGGCAUCGGACCUUUCAACCGGUUCAAGACAUCGAGCUAUAUUGUUCAACCUUCAACGGACAACGACUUUGGUAGCGAGCCAGAUCCUGCUGCAUCUGCAGCUGUGUACGCAGCGGCACGAAACCGUAUUCUCCAAGCCUUCGAUGAUGUUUCGGUGUCGGUUAGCUUGGAGGGCAUGGGUCUCACAGAAAUUCCGGAAGAAGUUCGUGACUUGAACAGCUUGGUGAUUUUCUCUAGAGAUCUGCCCAAUAACCUUCACCAGUUGUACUUGACAAACAACAAACUACGCAGCCUUAAUCCAGCUCUAUUUGCAUACACAAAGCUUAAUGUCUUAAGUUUACGUCAGAAUUAUCUCAAAAGCAUACCUGCUAGUAUACGUCAUUUGCAAAACUUGUGUGAUUUGAAUAUAGCCACAAAUCAUCUACGGUCCCUACCCGUUCAGAUUCUUGAGCUCCCAAAUCUCACGACCUUUAGAGCAGGGCCCAACCCUUUUAUCUCGAUUCCGGAGAACGCGAUCCCAGUUCAUCAAGGCGAGAAACCGUCACCCAGGUAUGUCAGUCAAAUUGUGAGGCACUCAGAGGUAAGUACCGUUCCCUCACUCAAAUCAUUAUGCUUACAUACUAUUGCCAAGUAUGAUGUCACUUACAGCGAGACUCACUCGUGGAAGCGACAUACGCCUCGGGUAAUCCACCAUCUAAUUGCGAAGGCGAUCUCAAAGGGGAUGUUUGAGGACACAUGCAGUGAGUGCCAAUUAGUGGUCGUGGAGCCUUAUGCUGAAAUAUUCGAGUGGUGGGAUUUUCUUCAGAACACCAGCGUGCCCUUCAAAAGAGAAUUCUGCUCCGAGAGAUGUGUCCGUGUAUAUAAUGAGAGAACAGGCUACCUCGGAUAG